UCGCCCAGACGCCCAGGACCGGCGGCGCUCGGGCUCCUGCCAUGCUGUUCCGCUUCGGCGUGGUGGUGCCGCCCGCGGUGGCCGGGGCGCGGCCCGAGCUGCUGCUCGCCGGGUCGCGGCCGGAGCUGGGGCGCUGGGAGCCGCGCGGGGCCGUGCGUCUCCGGCCCGCGGGUACCGCGGCCGGGGCGGCCGCGCUGGCGCUGCAGGAGCCCGGCCUGUGGCUCGCCGAGGUGGAGCUGGCGCCCGACAACGAGGCGGCGGCGGCCGGCGGGACGGAGCCCGGCCGCGAGGACACCGGCCGCGUAGACACCUUCUGGUACAAGUUCCUGCAGCGCGAGCCCGGAGGCGAGCUGCGCUGGGAAGGAAAUGGACCUCACCAUGACCGUUGCUGUACAUAUAAUGAAAACAAUCUGGUGGAUGGCGUUUAUUGUCUCCCAGUAGGACACUGGAUUGAGGCCACUGGGCACACCAAUGAAAUGAAGCACACAACAGACUUCUAUUUCAAUAUUGCAGGCCACCAAGCCAUGCAUUAUUCAAGAAUUCUACCAAAUAUCUGGCUGGGCAGCUGCCCUCGCCAACUAGAACAUGUGACCAUCAAACUGAAGCAUGAAUUGGGAAUUACAGCUGUCAUGAACUUCCAGACCGAAUGGGAUAUCAUCCAGAAUUCUUCAGGCUGUAACCGCUACCCUGAACCCAUGACUCCAGACACCAUGAUGAAACUGUACAAGGAAGAAGGCUUGGCCUACAUCUGGAUGCCCACACCAGACAUGAGCACUGAGGGCCGGGUGCAGAUGCUGCCACAGGCUGUGUGCCUCCUGCACGCCCUGCUGGAGAACGGACACACUGUGUACGUCCACUGCAACGCCGGGGUGGGCCGCUCCACAGCUGCAGUGUGCGGCUGGCUCCACUACGUGAUUGGCUGGAGUCUGCGGAAGGUGCAGUACUUCAUCAUGGCCAAGAGGCCCGCAGUCUACAUUGAUGAAGAAGCCUUGGCCCAGGCGCAGGAAGACUUUUUUCAGAAGUUUGGGAAGGUUCACUCUUCCAUAUGCAGCUUAUAGGUGACCAGCCUGCCUCUCCUUCUAGUUGUCUUAAUACGGAACCAGGGGCGUGGCUAGCGGAAGAUCUAUAGACAAAGACCCCAUCAGAACUGAGGCGGCUGUAGCCCCCAGGUCACCUGUGGAUACCCUCUAUUACAGCUUGUUAGGGCUUCUCUGUGGAAUAUUUUACAAAGGAAACUGCAUGCCACAUGAAAAAAACUCAAAGUCAGUUGGGCAAUGUAUGCCUGCAGUUGCUGCUGCCGUAGGCUGGGGCUUCUGCUUACAGACACUGCAUGGGUUGUUAUGGAUUUGUGAUGCUUUAAAUGCAGAAGACAAGAGAGUGGCUAUGUGGAUUUUAUCAUUACACACACACACACACACACACACACACACACACACACACACACACACGGCAUGCACACACAUGCAAAACACAUAAGCAUUUUACUGAACUGAAAUUCUAGUCAUUUGCCAGGGGAAGAGAUAAAUACAUAAGCCUGAAUGUGAUACAGAAAGAGCUCACCAUGGACAUAAAACCACGGCUUUCUGUAAUUUUCUUCAUCCGUUUCACAGUUGUUAACAUCUCUGAGAUACCGCCCCUCUUAUUUCCCUGUCCUCCCCAUGUGAUAGCAGGAAUAGUUGGCCCUCUGUUUUUUCUUGUCUUUUAAUUGCUACUUUCCCCCCUCAAGACAGGGUUUGUACUACUCAGUUUAGCAUAACCCAUGGUAACCUUUCUGCCCCAGUCUCCCGAGAACUGGGAUUACAGGUGUGUGCUCCCGCACAGCACCACGGUUUCCCAGUGGAGGUUUAUUCAGCACAGCGGGCUGGCCCAAGUCUCAUGCUAAGUAGGAACGAGGUGAAGUUUGUAAUCCCAUCUCUUAGGCUCAGUGCUGCUUCCAUUGUAAUUAGUUGUCCAGCAGACUGUCAUGGAUGCAGCCUUGCCUCUCAGGGUAACGUCACUACCCCUGCAGUUGUUUCUACAGUGAGAUGUGGGACAGUGCAUUUAGAAAACCAUUUUAUUCUCUUCAACCUUCUUUAAGCUGUGGUGUGUGAUUUCAAGGCCAAUUUAUCUGAGUCAUAGUUCAUGAGCGGAAGGAGCCCGAGGAGGCCAAGUGCACAGAUGAGUGUUGUGUGUAAGGAGGUGCUGUCCCUGGCACGGUAAUCAGCUCAGUACGGCGCACAUUGCAGUUCCUCCCAAACGUGGAUUAUUCUGUUGGGCUUUAUCAGAAGUACAAAUAUCAGCAAAACUUUGCUUCCCAAGAUACACAUCCUAGAAGCAUCUAUGUUCCAUCCUCUGGAAGACAGUCGCCAUCUACAGCUGGCAUAUUAGGGCACAGAGGGGGACUUAUCUUUAUCACCACUGUGGGCCAGUUGCUUUCCUACCUCUAAUGCGAUGACACUUCACUGUGGGCCAGAGAGGCGAAAGCUCAUGUUCAUUGUCAUUGUCAUCCAUGGAGCCCAUGAAAUGAGAUGCAAAGCUAGGGUUGUCUCUCAGAUCCCAUACUGUCAAAAGUUAAAAUGUGAGGCCCAAGUGUGUUUCUCUUCCCUAUUUUGUAAGCACGUGUUAACAGAUAGAAGAGGUGGUGAUUUGGGAGGCAGAGGGGACAAGAAGGCCACAGCCUGAGUUCCCAUAGUGCUCAGGAUAGGGAAGAUUUCUAGACAUGAUGGCACUCAGAGGAGGAAGCAAGGGAGAGAGAUGUUUCAGCAUGGCAGCAAGACACCCAGUGAGGUGGUCUUUGCUUUGGACUGAGCACCCUACAAGAAAUAUUUCUCCUAUCGUUACAAAGUUAAGUCUGUAAACCAACAUCAAGUGAUGCCCAGCCUCUUCUGCAAAAUAUAGCUAGGUGUAGCUCUUGUGUCUAAGAACCAAUCUAUAGUCAUAAUGUAUUAGGUAAAAUUUAAUUUUUAAAUUGAGUAUUUUAAACAUGGUGUUCUUGUAUGUGUGUGUGUGUGUGUGUGUGUGAGAGAGAGAGAGAGAGAGAGAGAGAGAGAGAGAGAGAGAGAGAGAGAGAGAGAGAGAGAGAGAGAGAGAGAGAGGAGAGAGCGCCAGAGCCUUUUGUUAAUAUCUUAAGAAAUCUGGCUAUACAAGUUCCAUUGUACAAUGGCCUUUUUUUCAGGUGGCUUUUUCUCUGUGACUCUGGCAAAAUUGUUGAGAACUAUUGACGAACAUUUUAGAAUGACCCCACUUGCCCUCAGUGGAUGGGUUGUCUAAUGUAUCUCAAAAAUCACCUGGGAAUUUUGCUAAAUAAAAGCAUAAAAAAAGA